AUGCUGCCGCACAGACUGACAGAUUUGGUGGGUUACUACUUGGAGAGAAACACCGAGGAAAAUUUUCGUAAUGCCUUGACGUGCAUACUGUCGCAUUACAUAUACCUUCGUGGUUCUUCUGCUUGUGAUACAGAGCUGGCUGAUCUGCAGUCCGUGGCAUACGAAAAUGAAGGGCCAACGCUCUGUCCUAGUCUGCUGUUCUUGAUGACUGAAAGCAAGACCAACCACCUCGGCCAUCUGCAGAUUGGCGGAUGUAUUCGCAACUAG